AUGUCCUCCAAACGCUCUCGUUCGACCUUUGAAGCCGACAGCAAGCACGCCCCUUAUGCGCUCUUCGGCACUCCUCUGCCUGACGAGGCCGAUUCUCGCGACGACGGCGCUUACCUGCCGCUCUGGAAGCAAGAUGUGAGAGACGAAAAGGGACGAAGACGGCUUCACGGAGCCUUCACCGGCGGCUGGAGCGCAGGCUAUUUCAAUACCGUCGGCUCCAAAGAAGGCUGGGCCCCCUCGACUUUCGUAUCGAGCCGGUCGAGCCGCAACAAGGAUGGAGCGGCCCCGAAGCAGCAGCGGGCGGAGGAUUACAUGGACGACGAAGACCUCGAAGACGCGAGCCAGGCGCAGCAGCUCCAGACCUCUCAGGCAUUUGCCGGGCUCGGCUCGUCCAAGGACGACCAAGCAACGGCAAAGGGUCUCAUGGGCCUGCUUCGAGCCGACGGCGACACCAUGGGGCUGAAACUGUUACGACGAAUGGGGUGGAAAGAUGGCCAAGGCAUCGGCCCAAAGGUUCGGCGGACCGCUCGGCUCGACGUUGGCAACCCGCCCGCCGGCGCUCAGGUCGAGACGCACCUUUUUGCGCCAGACAACUCCGCCAUGAUACGGUUCGUUCGCAAGACGGACCGUCGCGGGCUGGGGCACACGGCCGAGGUGAAGCUUCAGCGGCUGCAUGGUGAGAAGCAUGCGGCCGGCACCGACGAUGUGGACGACGCAUUCGGCAGGCUCAACGGUCCUUCGCCCCUCUCAACGGCGACAUCCAAAUCAAAACCACCACGAGCCGCUUUCGGUGUUGGCGUCCUCAACGAUACCGGCUCGGACGAGGAGGACGCUUACGAAAUCGGGCCGAGGAUCAAGUACAACCGCGUGAUCGGGGGCGACAAGGCCAGAAAGGUCAAGAAGACGACAGCCGUCGCCAACCCGACACUCUCGACGACGCUCAAGUUUGUCUCGAGGACGGCGAGGGCGGCGAGUGGCGUCGGUCGAUGCCACGACGGCCGGCUUCCUCUGCCCGGAUUCACAUUGGCCAAGGUCACCGAGGACCUAUCCGCUCUCUUCUUGCAGUACGCACCCCCUCCCGUUCCUCCCGGCUGGAGGUCGGCCAAGGAUGCGGCAGCGGCGACGACGGGCGGCGCGGCCGGGGAAUACGUGUCGACGGCAGAUGCGGCCAAGGCCUCCAGCCUCGACCCCCGGGCCAGAGCGGCGCUGCUGGGGGAAAAGGCUCUUCCGGGAAAGUCCGUCUUCGACUUCCUGUCAAGCUCGGCUCGAGACAAGCUCGCGCUGGCAUCCGGAAAGUCCAAUCUUCCUCCCGCGCGGGGAGAGACCCCUGCCGAACGUGCCGUGUCGGAGGAGGAGAGGCGCAAGGCGCUGUGGGAUCGAGUCCCGAAGCUCGACCGCGACACGGCCGCGGCGGCCUUGUCCCGAAUCUCGACGGGUCCAUACUCGGACGAUGAGCUUAAGGGGGCACGUUACAGGAAGUACCUCGAAAACCAGUCCAACCCGGGGCUGCCCGCGGCCGACAAGGCCAAGGGGAUGACGGAUGAGGAUUUCGUGCGGGAAAUGAACGAGUUUUACAACUGCGCAAGGAUAUUCAAGCCCAUGACGGGCUUCAUGGCCUCUCGAUUCACGAGCUCGAAGGCGAUGCUCAACCCGUCGAGGGGCGCCGACGGCACGGCAAGCGAGCUCCUGUCGAAACCCGAGGCGAAGAAGACGGAUCCGGCCGAGGAGGCGGCCAAGAUGGGCAUGUUUGGCCACCUCACGCGUUCCGUCGACGACUUCCUCCCCACCCGGCUGCUGUGCAAGCGAUUCAACGUCAGGCCGCCCGCAAACUCACGGUCCGACGAACGCGAGGAGAACCCCCCACGAGCCUCUGCGUCCUGGCCUGUGCCUCCUAGAACGGAGAUGCCGCCCGGUGGCUUGACGACCACCGCCGCACCACUCUCUCUCCCUGCUCUGGAGAUGGCCGGGGGCAGUCCGGAGAGGAAGGCCCCCGUCGCGCUGCAUCCAUCCGCCGCCGAGGUGAAUCCGGAGAAGAACGAGGCUGUCGAGGGAAGGGCGGCCAACGAGGACGUCCUGCGGGCAAUAUUCGGCGAUAGCGACAACUGGACCCCCCCCCCUAGUCAUUCCCGCCUCACCUCGUCGCCUCGUCGCCUCCUUGCUGGACAAACUCCACGACAAUCACCUUUGCUGUUUGCUCUCCUCAACCUCGCGCUCCCACUCGGUUCGCCUUCCCCGUCCCAUCGUUUGGCCACGCCCUCGCACGUCAGCCGCCGUCAGGUCUCGAGACGGAUGCUCGCUCUGCCUCGUCACGGAGCACCAUCUCCCCGCCCGCCGCACAUCUCUUUACAUCGCCGGACCGCGGCGCCUGAAAGCCGCGAGCAACCCGCCGCAUUGUCUGGGACGCAGGAAGCCCGCAACGGACCGUCAGCGUCCUCCCCGUUGGAGUCGGCUGAGUCGCAGCACCAUCCCGCCAGGCGUUUCCCGCACCCUCGCCGUCACCGCCACCGCAUCGACGACAAGGAGCACGCCGACGCCUAUCGCGAGCGCGAGCAGCCGCCGCCUCCGCAGUAUCCCGCCUCGGAGUCGUCUUCCUCCUCGCGCCCCCCGCCCUUUUCCUCGCUCUUCGUCCCGCUCUCCGCCUCCGUUCUCGCCCCCCUCGCCCCCCUCGCGAGCCGGCCUGCACCCGCUCCCGCCGCAGAGGCCAGCACGUCCGCGCCCGCCUACAGCCCGGAAGCAAAGGCCUUUGGUUGCAUCGGACGUGCCGCGAGCGCGUUUGACGACGCCGUCGCCGAGACCAAGUGCGCGCUCCCGCGAGAUACCAAGGCAGAGUCGAGCCGCGACGACGACGAGGGUGAGCCGCCGCCAGCCUAUUCGGAUCACGACUGCCCGCUUCGCUCCUUCGCAUUCGCCAUGUCCGUCGCCGGAGGAGCUUCGAGUAUCAUUACUCAGGUGCAGCAGGGGGGGGGUUCGCCUAUGAAUGCCAUCGGAGAUGUCGGCGCCGACGAGACCAUCGCCAUGGACCUACGAGGCACGAGAUUUGUCCUGUCGCGGGAUGAGCUUCUCACCCUGCCCGAGUUCGUCCUGCUAUCGCUGUUCCCCAAUGGCCUGUUCCCGGAGGGCCACAUGAGCGGCUUCUCCGAGAUGGAUGCCGUGCAAGUCGACGUACGUGACGGUCCCGCCCGAUGCACCGUCCCGCUCGCCGUACCCGUCUGGCUAACUUACCGUCGGCCGCAGUACGACCCGGUAUCGUUGCAGUACAUGCUCGACUUUUUUCGAAACGUCGCCCAGUCCAUCCCCUCCGAGUCGUCGCCCGGCACUUCACAGGACGGCGACGCCAUGGAUUCUCUGUCCCCCCGUGACGAGUCAUCCAAGCGAGCCGGCAUCAUCGUCCUGAGGGAGGAUCUGGAUUUCUACGCGAUCCCACCGACCGCCUCCAUCAGUCAGCCGGACAUGAUUGAGGUGAAGCGGGCGGCGGCCAAGGCGCUGCAGAAGCAGGAUGGCAUCUUCUCGGGCCUCAAGCGCAGUGACGAGCCGGGCACGACGGAGGCGCAUCUCAUCGAGAUGCUAACGGCCGGCGGAUUCAACCACGACGACAUAUGGGGCCACCGUGCCGGAGAGCCCAACAAGGCCGUCAUCUGCAGCCUCGCGCUGGCCAGGCUGCGCAGCGACAUUCGCGGCAACGAGGUGGGCACGAACGCGGUAGGCAUGGCGCAGAAGCUUCUGCUGUUCUGGAGGAAACCGGCACGCAGAUGCUGGUGGGAAGGGGUCGAGCUGGACGACAUCGCCGGCGUCGAUGGCAAACUAAAGGUCUGGAUCAGGCGCGUGUGGACCCUGGAGAUGAGUGUCAUCGGCCUGCGGUGA